UUUAUAUACCCCAGUAACUGACGCACAUUCUGCGUAGUUGACAGUGAAGGGUACUUGUAAUAAUUAUGACAGUAUUUCUGAUAUAUAUACCAACGUCAUUGAACUCUUAACACUUGAUGAACACACGGUGAAACAUCUUGUGACUAUAUAUUGAAUACGGAGUAAUGCGGAGAUCACAUAUUGAUAAUAUGACAUGGUCAUUCCAUAUAAGCGAAAAUGGUACUUCCGAUAAUCAGUGGCCAGAACUUGAUCAAAAGAAUCAGGUCAAACAUCCAACACGUAAGAAGGACUUAGUUCUUAAAGAGAAUGAUAAAAUUAUAAAUUUGGACGAUGUAGAGUAUCCUGAACUUGGCGAGACAAGUGCUAAGGGUAGAAAUUCAGUUGUGUCAAGGAAAUAUUGUUUGCCAAAUCCUGAUAUAAAAAUUAUAGUACCUAUGGAAGAUAACGCAGAGUCAAAGCAGUCAAAGUCUCUGAAACGUUAUAAAAGAACAGAUAAGAUCUGCAUUAAUCUUCAAGAAGCUUUAGAGAAUACUAGGUGCACGAAUAGAAUAUCUAACAAAGACCUUCCCAGAUUAAAAAUUAACUUGUACAAGGGAAAUCUUGGUAUAAUAGCACCGGGUCUAUCAGACCGAAACAAGGAUUCUGAUUUUAGAAAAGUUAGAAUAUGUAUCUCAAAGGAUAAAAAGCCAUCAAAGUUGAAGAAGAUCAUUUUACUGAAUCGUGAUAUCAAAGCUCAGAUCAAUAUACGAAAACGAGAGGAUUUCGAACGCGCCAAGAUGGAAGCCGUAUGCAAAGACGUAGAUACAAUCAACUUCAAUGCUUUAAGAAUCACAACAGACCCACAGACAGAUCCAAAUUAUGUGAGAAGAAUGUGUACCAUGACACUGUACGAUAAAGAUUAUAGAGACCCAAAUACAGAGGAUGUGUUUGAAAGCUACAUGUAUUAUAGUCCAGAUAUAAUCGAUCAGAUAAACAAUCUUCACAUUCAGAACAGGCUCUUGCCAAAUAGAUUAGUUGAAAAUAACAACAGAAAUGAUCUCCCUCCGCUAGAUAGUAAUAUAAUCGAAAAUGAGAUUGUCCCGAAAACUCUUUCCCUCGAAUUAAAAGACGACAUUAAAGAAGAAAUUAAAGAAGAAAGUAGUAGCGCAAAAACGGAAGACACAAAUAUCGUAACACAUUCGCGCAGUUUUAGAGAAUAUUGUACAAAUAUGCUGACAAAAAGCUUAAACGAAAGUCUUGAACAAUUUUUAGGGGAAAUCGUCAGACUUCAAAAGAGAUUUCACGAGAAAAACCCGAACAAGUCUAAGUACAAACGUCGCUAUUAUGCUGGUUUAAGGGAGGUUUGCAAACAGAUUGAAUUAAACAAGAUUAAAUUUGUGAUUAUUGCUCCUGAUAUUGAGAAAACUGAUCUUGAGGGCGGAUUGGAUGAUCAAGUUGAUAAAUUGCUCGAUACGUGCAGAAAGCAAAACGUAGUUUAUUGUUUCGGAUUAAGAAGACGAAAAUUAGGAUAUUAUAUUCAUGGAAGAGGACUGGUAGGAUGUAUUGGUAUUGCAAAUUACGGAGGAACUGAGAUGCUUUUUAAAAACGUUUUGACGGAAUUGGUGCAAGCGCGAAACGCAUUCAAACAAUUGAGCGGCACUCCGGAAGCCAUUAUCGAUGUAUCGAAAGUGCUUCCGGAAGAUUACUUGCCCUCGGAAAGCGUUAACACCCUCUUGAAAGCUUUAUCUCCUCUCGGCAUGUACAGCUGACCGGAAGAGAUAAAAAAAUGCAUUUAUUCGCAUUCGUUUUGCAGUUAUUAUCAAUUUUCAAAUACUUAUAAUUAGUACUCUGUAUAGUUUUUUUUAAUGUUUUAUAUAUGUUACUGGAUGUUAAUAAAAUAACGUUACCGGGGUA